GGCCUAUGUACUAUGAAGGGCUGUACCAUCUGUUCUACCAAUACAACCCUAAGGGAGCCGUGUGGGGCAACAUAGUGUGGGCCCACUCGGUGUCGAAGGACCUCAUCAACUGGACCCCACUGGAACCCGCCAUUUACCCGUCCAAACCCUGGGACAAAUACGGCUGUUGGUCCGGAUCCGCCACUAUCAUUCCAGGUGAAGGACCCGUGAUCCUGUACACCGGAAUCGUUGAUGAUAAGAACACCCAGGUCCAAUGCUACGCCGUACCCGAAAAUGCAUCAGACCCGUAUCUCCGGAAAUGGGUCAAGCCCGACCUCUAUAACCCCAUCGUGGUGGCGGAGCAAGGCGUGAACGGCAGUGCGUUCCGUGACCCGACCACUGCCUGGUACAGCAAAGACGGGCACUGGAGGAUACUGGUGGGUAGCAGGAGGAAGCAUAGAGGGAUUGCCUACUUGUAUAGAAGUAGGGACUUCAUGACAUGGAUCAAGGCCAAACACCCGAUCCAUUCUUCAGCGAAUACGGGUAUGUGGGAGUGCCCUGACUUCUUCCCGGUUUCGUUGGAGGGGCAAAACGGGUUGGAUCUGUCGGCUAUGGACGAACCAAAUGUGAAGCAUGUGUUGAAGAACAGUCUUGACCUAACUAGGUAUGAGUACUACACAAUCGGAACAUAUUCCACUAUUACGGACAGGUAUGUCCCUGAUAACACCUCAGAAGAUGGUUGGGGCGGACUUCGAUAUGAUUAUGGUAACUUUUAUGCUUCCAAGUCCUUCUUUGAUCCCAGCAAGAACAGAAGGAUCUUGUGGGGUUGGGCAAACGAAUCCGAUACUGCCAGGGAUGAUGUUCAAAAGGGAUGGGCCGGGAUUCAGGCCAUUCCAAGGACCUUGUGGCUUGAUCCUAGUAAAAGACAACUGGUGCAAUGGCCUAUUGAAGAAUUGAAUAGUCUCAGAGGGGAACAAGUUACAAUGACCAAUCAAAACCUUCAAAAGGGAGAUCACGUCGAAGUAAAAGGAAUCACUGCUGCUCAGGCUGAUGUGGAAGCGAGCUUCUCUUUUUCAAGCUUGGACAAUGCAGAGCCAUUUGAUCCAAGCUGGAAUAAUGCACAGGAUCUUUGUGCCCAAAAGGGUUCAAAGGUUCAAGGCGGGGUUGGUCCGUUUGGGCUUCUCACGCUGGCUUCACAUAACCUGGAGGAGUUCACUCCUGUGUUUUUUAGAAUUUUCAAAUCCCCAGGCAAGCACGUGGUUCUCAUGUGCUCUGACGCAAGCAGCUCCACUUUGAAGACUACAGCGUACAAGCCAUCAUUUGCUGGCUUUGUGGAUGUGGAUUUAGCGAACAAGAAGCUUCCUCUUAGGAGUCUGAUCGAUCACUCCGUGGUGGAGAGUUUUGGAGCGGGAGGGAGGAUUAACAUACUAUCUAGGGUUUAUCCUCAGCUGGCAGUGCAGAAUGAAGCUCACUUGUUUGUGUUCAACAAUGGCACGGAGCCCAUCACAGUAGAGAAUCUGAACGCUUGGAGCAUGAAAUCUGCUGAGAGGUACUGAAUGCCGAGAGAAAGAUCCAAACGUAGGACAUAGAAAUUUCAAUUAAUGAUGUUUUUGUAGUUUCUUGCUUAAUAAGCACGGAUGCGAACCAUUACUUAAGGAUUUUUUUUUUUUUUGUUCUUUUCGUUUUUCAGAGAGUUUGCUCUUUUCUUUUUGUGGGCGGUAGUUGUUUUGUUUUCACCUAAUUUACACCUAAAAAUUAGUUAUCAUUUCACAUAAAUGCAAGUGUGGAAUACCCCUCGG